AAAAGUAAGUUGCGAGCAUUACAGGCUUUCUUCAGAUGCUCAUACCACUGUCUGCGUCUUGUUUUGAAAGUUCCGCGGAGCUGGCGCUAUCGCGCGUACUAUUCUAUCACAUUACCGUAUCCCCGCCUAGAAAGCGGGGAAAUGGUUACGUACCUCUUCCUCAUUGCGGGUAUAUGUCAAUGCAUGAUAUUAUCAUCAUCAUCGGAAUCAUAAUCAUGCCUAUGCACGUCGCGAGGCGCCGGGUUAGGUGAUACCAUCGAAACCAUCGGGGCAAGCGUUGAGCUCGCUGCCAAAUCGUUUCGACAUGUGGCUGCCAGACCCCGUACGCGGCGAGCUGCGUCAGCUGUGCGAGGAUAUAUGGUCGUGUCCCGAACCGUCGGGGGACGAGCAGUUCGCCCAGCAGCGGCUCAGUGACAUGCUGCGCAGCAGGGACUUCUUCGUCAUGCCCGGCUAUCUGCUGCCCACCGCCUUCUGUGCCGAGCUGGUGUUCACCGAAGAUUCUGGCCCCACGAUAUGCCUAGUGUGCGAGUACGACGCAGUAAGAGGCCUUGGCCACGCUUGGGGCCACAAUCUGGCCAGCACUGCCUCCAUGGCGGCAGCACUGGCAGUCCAAAUGGAAGCCACCCAACCGCCUCCGGGUGCCACCCCCUUUCGGGGCCGGCUGCGAGUGCUCGGAACACCGUCCGAACUGUACGGCGAGGGAAAAGCCGUGCUUCUCAACAAGAACGCGUUCGCGAAUGUCGACGCUGUGCUCGCCACACGACCCGCAUUUGGUCCGGGGAUGCUGUACUACGGAACGCCCUGCGCUACUUUCACCCGCGUCACUUAUCACGGUCGCGAGAGCUCCGCGGUGCUGUGUCCCUGGCAGGGCAUCAACGCCCAAGACGCCGCAGUGGCUGCCUACCGCAACGUGACCCUCCUGCGCAGGGACCUACCACCGCAGUGGCACGUCGCCGGCGUGCUACGGCCAUCGGAGCCACAGUCACCGCUGCGCGUGCCGGAGCGCUGUCGGCUUGAGCUGUUCGCCUGCACGCCUAGCGGCCCCGACCUGCUGGAGCUGCAGAAGAGAUUGCGCUCAGCCUGCAUGGGCCCGUGCCACUCCACGGGCUGCAUGGUGUCCUUUGAUUACCAGCGACCCUACGUUGACAUGAUGGCCAACGAGGCGCUGGGGCAACUCUUCCUCGAACAGGCACAACACACGGGUGUCUCCGCGCGGCUCUUCGGCGGCGCCAGCGCCCAGCCGCAGCAGCAGCAGCAGUGCCUUCUGCCGUCAGGCCUGGGCGCCGUCUCGCACUCGGUGCCCACUCUAUGCCCACUUUUCUCGCUGGACGGGGAGCCGCCCGUCAUGGGCGCUGCGGCCUGCUGCACGGACGAGGCGUUCGACCGCUGCCUGCAGGCUGGACGAUGCCUGGCCCUCACGACGUUUGCGCUGCUCAGGGACCCCACGCUGGUGCAAAAGGUUCGGCGCAGCUUCCGCGACCAGAAAGCCAGCCGGAUCAGCAGCGCCGGCAGCACCCUGCCGAGCGAGGCCUCGGACAGCGAGUCGAUCGCGCCUUCCCGAAAGUCAUGAUCGGUCGCUUGAUUCCUUCUUGGUCACCGCCCCUAUUUAUUGGUGCUUACUUCUCCAUUGGUCAGAUUGAGUGGCUAUUGUGAGAAACGAAUGGAACGGUGUCUCUUUCUUUCGAUGUCCUUGGCAGUCACGAUAAAAUAAAGAAAAGCUAAAUUGUGGAUACAAACGUACGUGUUCCUGGGCCCGAUCUAUUGCGCCUAUACGCAGGAUGUGGUGUUGUCCUUGUUUCUGCUGUGUGUCGCUAUCCAGAAAAAAAGAUCUGCCAUUGCAAAAAAAAAUUGAUGUUAUGAUAAAAUUACAGUGUGGUGUAUAAAAAGAAAGUUCCCACGAGAAGCACUGUUCCUGGGUCGUUUUCAUCAAACGCGAAACAACGUAGCACGCAUUUCGCAGCAUACGUCACCUAAGCUAUACACACCGCGCGUGUGAGCUGACGUUAUCGUGGCGGCACGAUAACAUCUCGAAAUUUUCGUCGCUAGAAGUAA